AUGGGAAACGAAGGGGACCAAUGUGUCAGAAUCAGCAGCCCCUGGAGCAGCCGCCCCAGCAGCAGCAGCCUCUGGAGCAGCCGCCCCAGCAGCAGCAGCCCCUCGAACAGCCGCCCCAGCAGCAGCAGCCCCUGGAGCAGCCGCCCCAGCAGCAGCAGCCCCAGCAGCAGCAGCCCCUGGAGCAGCCGCCCCAGCAGCAGCAGCACCUGGAGCAGCCGCCUCAGCAGCAAGCCGCCCCAGCUGCAGCAGCCCCUGGAGCAGCCGCCCCAGCAGCAGCCGCCCCAGCAGCAGCCGCCCCAGCAGGAGCAACACCAGCAGCAGCAGCCCCCGGAGCAGCCGCUCCAGCAGCAGCAGCACCUGGAGCAGCCGCCCCAGCAGCAGCAGCCCCUGGAGCAGCCGCCCCAGCAGCAGCAGCCAUUGGAGCAGCCGCCCCAGCAGCAGCAGCCCCUGGAGCAGCCGCCCCAGCAGCAGCAGCCCCUGGAGCAGCAGCCCCCAGCAGCAGCAGCCCCUGGAGCAGCCGCCCCAGCAGCAGCAGCCCCUGGAGCAGCCGCCCCAGCAGCAGCAGCCCCUGGAGCAGCCGCCCCUGCAGCAGCAGCCCCUAGAGCAGCCGCCCCAGCAACAGCCGCCCCAGCAGGAGCAGCCCCAGCAGCAGCAGCCCCUGGAGCAGCCGCCCUAGGAGCAGCAGCCCCUGGAGCAGCCGCCCCAGCAGCAGCAGCCCCUGGAGCAACCGCCCCAGCAGCAGCCGCCCUGGCCCCUGCAGCAGCCGCUCCUGGACCCGGUGCAGCCGUGGGGGGGUGGGUGUGGGGGUGA